GAGAAGCUGGAGUGGAGGCAAGGCCUUGGACGCAAAUGUCGGACCUGCCCACGCCAGUAACGUACACACGUCCUCGUCGUUCAACUCACAGCUACGUGCUAGCCCAGCGCGCGCCAAUUGCCUACUCAAGGGGCCUGCUGCUUGUCUGGAGCUGCGUCAAGCCCCUUCUCAUCGGAGCCUGGGUGCAGCUUACCACCCGCAACAGCCGCACACAUAUCCUCCCUCCGACUGGCCGACUCGCCGCUGCGGCAGCUCCAGCUCUGAGACGUUGUGCCGUCCUCGGCCCGUUGUCUUGCCCACCACCCCAGCGCCUUCCUUCCCACGCGCUCACCGGCGACCUCUGACCUGCACGACGCGUGACGUCGCCGCUCCUGCCUUCUUCUGUUACGGCGCCCGCUGGCACUUUAAAAACCCCCCUCC